AUGGCAGGGACUGAAGAAUUUUACCUUUUCAAAAACAUAUCCUCAGUGGGUCCGUGGGAUGGACCCCAGUACCACAUUGCCCCAAAAUGGGCAUUCUACUUACAGACGAUAUUUAUGGGUUUUGUGUUUUUUGCAGGGACCCCUUUAAAUGCCAUUGUGCUCAUAGUAACAGCGAAGUACAAAAAGCUACGACAGCCACUCAAUUAUAUACUGGUCAAUAUAUCCUUUGCAGGUUUUAUAUUGGUUACCUUUUCAGUAUUCACAGUAUUUGUCUCAAGUUCUCAAGGCUACUUCAUUUUUGGGAAGACAAUAUGUGCGAUAGAGUCAUUCCUGGGAUCAGUGGCAGGGUUGGUGACAGGAUGGUCUCUUGCCUUCCUAGCCUUUGAACGCUACAUUGUCAUCUGCAAACCCUUUGGACAUUUUCGCUUUGGCUCCCAGCAUGCACUGAUGAUUGUAGCCACUACCUGGGUAAUUGGGUUAAGUGUUGCACUGCCACCAUUUUUCGGCUGGAGCAGAUACAUCCCUGAAGGCCUUCAAUGCUCAUGUGGGCCUGACUGGUACACAACGGGCACCAAGUACAAGAGUGAAUACUACACCUGGUUCCUUUUCAUUUUCUGCUUCAUCUGCCCACUCAGUCUCAUCUGCUUCUCAUACUCCCAGCUUAUUGGAGCUCUCCGAGCAGUAGCUGCCCAACAGGCUGAGUCAGCAACGACACAGAAGGCUGAGCGUGAAGUCUCCAGGAUGGUCAUUUUCAUGGUGGGCUCAUUUGUUUUCUGUUAUGGGCCCUACGCAGCACUUGCCAUGUAUAUGGUAAAUAAUAGAGGGAAUGAUCUGGAUCUGCGUUUGGUCACCAUACCGGCUCUGUUCUCAAAGAGCUCCUGUGUCUACAACCCACUCAUCUACGCGUUCAUGAACAAGCAGUUCCACGCCUGCAUCAUGGAGACUGUGUUUGGAAAAACCAUGUCAGAUGACUCUGAGGUGUCCAGCACAAACAAAACCGAAGUGUCAACUGUCUCCUCCUGCCAGGUCAGCCCCAGCUAAGAGGGAAAGGAUCUUCCUUCACCAAGACCACCUGUUUUUUCACCCUCAUUGAGAAAUAGACGGGAAAAGUCAAUAGAACAAAAACCUGCUCAAAUACAGAGCUACUUUUCAUGUUUCCUAUACUGUAGUCACAAAAAUGAAUAGCUUGCGCUUCAAAUGUAAAACUUUGAAGACUUGUCUAUAAAUUUUGCAUCAGCGCCAAUAUUUAAGAAAACAAAAUACAAAACAGCAGUAUACACUCUUGUUAAAGCAGUUGUCUGACUUUUGUUAUGUGCAGAACAUACCUUUUUGAUGACACUAAAGGCUAUAUUUUCAUAACCAUAUACCAAAAAUACAAGUUAAAAAA